AUGCCGCUUCUUUGCAUUAAAAUUAUUGAAGCACGUUUAGAAAGUUCAGAUUCAUCGCUAAAUACUUAUAUUAGCGUUAAAUUAAGACAAGCACAUUCCUCAACUCAAUCAGUAAAAGGAACUGCACCAAAAUGGAACGAAGAAUUUAUAUUCGAAACGGAACGUAUGGAUGGCGGCCUCCUGAUUGAACUGCAUUCGAAAGGUUUAUUAAAAGAUAAGCUGUUAGGAGUUGUUUGGUUACCCUUAAACAAAAUACUACAUUCUAAUAAGGAUGGUCCGGGAAUGUGGGUGAAUUUUGAUUCCGAAGUCAUCACUGAGAAUGGACAAAUAAUUGGCACAAAGACAGCUACUAAACACUCAUGUCUAGCUACUGUAAGAUUUGAAAUACCUGAUGAUUCACCACUUGAAAAAAUAUUAUUUACGAAAAGAAAAUUACCAAAUAUUACUUCAACAAAUGGUACUUUACAUCGUUUAAAUGUUAAUCAAAAUGUAAUGAAUGGAUUUUCUGGUCAUAUAAUUAACAUUCAUGCAAAUCAACAUUUAGAACAACGUGAAAAAUUAUUUACACCAUAUUGUGCAUUAAGUGAUUCAGAAAAUCGACUAUCUAAUAAUUUAAAUGAAGUUUAUAUACGACCGAAUUCUCGUCAAUCUAAAUCAACUAAUCAUUUAAGUUCUAACCAUUAUGGGUAUUCAAUGAAUCAUCCAGAUUAUUUAAAUGAAACACCAUUAAGGCAUAGACAGUUUACAACUGACGAUUCAGAUGCUCAUUCAUCAGAAACGUUAAAAAAUCACCAUUUUGUCUCAUCUCGUCAUUAUGAUCACCAUGAACAAGUGCCGUUUGACAGUGAAUUAGAUUCUGGUUCAGAACCAUUGUAUUAUAAUAGUCGACCAUAUCCAAAAUCACAUACAAAUAGACCAUAUUCUUAUCGUCAGUAUACUGGUGAGUAUGAAUGGGAUGAUGAACAAAUUUGUUUUGAUUCCCGUAAUGUAAAUAAUAUUGAUGAUGAUUUACAAUGGCAUAGUCAAUAUUCCGAAGAUAAUAAUUUCAUAUCGGAACCUGAAUGUUUUGAUCAGAAUUACCAGCAGCAGUACUCACAUAAUUCUGGUUCAGAUGGAUAUCGUAUUGACUGUAAUUAUGAAAAUCUUUAUAACCAACAAUCUUACACUACGAAUAUACCAAGGUAUCGUUAUUCCGGUCGGUCAGAUGACGAAGACUAUUUAUACCCUCAACCAUCAAUGGAUGAACAAAGUCCAGUUUAUUCUGAUUGUGGACCAUUUUCAGAUAUAGAUGAACCAGAUUGGAAUCCUGAUUAUGUCAACUAUCGCCAUAGUGGUGAUUAUAUGCCAUGGACAGAUGAACACCAAACAAGAUUUAGUCAACGCCGUCGACGAUCUCGCUUCAGUCCUCAAAGUUGUCGAUAUUAUAGAAGAGGUUAUACUCGUUUACCAUAUCCGCAACCCGCAUAUGGAAUUUCACCAUCUGACGUUUGUUGCGAAAAGUAUCCACAUAUAAAAUAUGAUAUACACUCAAAUUAUGGUUGUUGUUCAUGUGAAUCGGAUUAUGAAGUGGAUACAAAAAUUAUUAGUUUUGAUCAAACUCAAAAUUAUACCCCAAUCGGUGUAAAUUAUCAGUUAGAAGCUUCAAGUCCUAGUGUUGGUAAACUAUCAUUAGCUUUAAGUCGAUCAAGCUCCCCAACGCGAACGUUUAAUUCUAAUGUCUGUUUAAAAGUUAUUAGUCCAGAAUCAGUUAAAAAUGAUUUUCGUGCAUCUGCUCAGGCAGCAGUCGCGCAACACUUGCCUCCCGGUGAACAUCCUGCAGAUUUACACUUUGUGGAUCUUACUCCAAUUCCAGUCACAUCUUCAGUAAGAUCUUCCAAUAUUUCACCCAAUUGUAUGACUGUUUCAACUAAUAGUACUACUACCACUACUACCACCAGCUUACUCAGUGCUACAUUGGAUCAUUUUAAAGCGGAAACUUCAAUGAAACUCCCACAAGAUACUUCAGUGUCCACAGUUUUUUCUACUUCUACUGAAACGUCUUCACGUAUCCUGAAUAAUCGAUCAGCUAUGGCUCGUGAUAGUUUUCGUCAAUCUGGCGACCAUAGCAGGUCAAUUCCAAGUACUGUUGAAACAACUUCUUUAAAUCGACUUGAUACUGAUUUUCUACGAGAAAAGCAAGCCUCUACUGCAGUAGAUAAUGCUGAUCUUGACAGGGAUUUAAUUACUCAGAAACAAGAAUUAAUGCCAAAAAUGCCUAGAGAUCCAACUAGAAGUCAAAUAUCCACCGUUACUACUACUACUACUGCUGCUUAUGCACCUACUUCAAAUGCAAGUGUAAAUUUUCAAAGUUUAUGGGAUCAAAAAUCAGCUUUCAAACCUGUUAUACGUUCGUUAGAAGCUGCUAAAGAUCGAUUUUUCUCAAACAACACAUUAUUUCCAACAUUUUCACAAGUAAAACAAACAGUAGGACAAUCUAAUGACAAAACCAGAAUACCAAUAAAUAAUACUGAUAAAAAGAAUGAAAAUAUUUCUAGUUCAAUGAGAUUUAUUCCAAAUGAUUCGAAUAAUAAUAAAGAUACUUCAAAGAUUAUUAUAUCGAGUUCUGAGUUUUCAGCUUUAGUUCCACCACCACAUCCAUCGAAAUCAUUCAAGUUUUCUAGUUCAGAUUUGGAUAUAUCUAAUGUUAAGAGUAUAAAUUCUGAAUUUAAAAAUUAUGACUUCUCUACUCCUGUAAAUGAGUUGAAUGAUAAACCUUUGCCAAUUAAAGACGUUUCUGAUAAAUUACCAUCAUCUACAGUCAUCACCAAUAGUACAUCAAUUAUUACGUCUACAAAAACUGGAAUAUAUGUCGAUCAUGAAGAAUUAAACAAAACUAGUUUAACAAAUAAUUAUUUAUCAUCUCAAGUUUACGAAUUGAACAAAACGUUAGAAUCGCCCUAUGCUAUAGAUAAUAACCAGAAUUUGAAUGAUCCUUCGGUAAAUGUAUCGAAAUCAAAUUACUAUUGUGAUAUUUCCUGUCCUUCAUCCCCUAAAAUAGUUAAAAGUUACUUAGACGAUAUUCCAUCGAAAAAUGAAAGUCAGUCUACAUUUAGUGCUGAAGAACAUCUUAAAGAAUUGAGAAUCAGAGCAGGAUUAGGACCUAUACCAGGAUAUGAAUCUGUGACUUUACGAAAUGCAUCUUAUAAUACUUCUUCUGCAAUGUCUUCUCAUCUUAACUUUGGAACUAAUGUACCUAAACCUACUUAUUCUGUAAAUGUAAACUCAUUUAUUCCAAAAAUUCAAAGUUCCAGUACAUCCACACCAUCUAUACCAUCUUUAUUAUCAAACAUAAAAUCAGGUUUUACCGGACCACUAAGUAGGCCACACCCACAAUCAUCACCAUACUCAGCAAACCAAGCAUCAACUACAAACAAACCAUCAGGAUCAAGUCUAUUUUCUAACUUUUUAACAUCUGCUGCUUCAAAAGCUCAAACAGUUGCCACAGGUGCCUUGAAACAAGCUAAUGCUGCUGCGGAUGCUGCAAAAUUGGCUGCUAAUCAAGCUGCUGAACAAUUUGUAGCUCAAGCUAAUCAAGUUAAUCAAAAAACUACCAGUCAAAUGCAACAACAACAAUCACAACUAAAGGAAUCGGUUCAACUAUCAAGUAGUCAAAAUAAAGUCAUCACCAUGAACAAUAUUCCAGAAUCCAUAAGGUUUCCAGAUGAUACCACGAUAAAAGCUAAGUCAGGCAGUCCUCCAUUAAAACCAAGAGAGCAAAAAGGACACACUUUGCAAGGAGUUCAUGCAAAUUCUCAUGAGUAUCAACAAGAAGAUCAGCCAGUACAACAACAGCGUCAUUGGUUACAUGAACAAACUCAAGAUGUUACUACAGAUGAUGAAUAUGAUGAUGCAGAAUAUGGUAAUGAACAGACAUCUUAUAAAUCAUAUCAUCAACGAAAAGAUUUUGAAUAUGGUGAUAAUUAUAGAUCAAAUAUAAAUGAAUAUGAUCUUGAUAAUGAAAAUGAAUUGUACGAUGAUAAUCCGGAACAACAUAUGUUGGAACAACCGUCUGGUUUUGGUUAUAAACACCAGUUUGAUGAAAGUCAUUACAAUUACAAUGAUAAUGUAAAUAAUUAUGAUGUAGAUGGAAUCAAUUCAUCGGAUUUAUCUGAUCCAGAUACCUUACGUGCUUUGAGAAAACGUGAUAAAAUGAUGAUGGUUGCAGCAACGGGAAUUUAUUCACCUAUAUUCAAUAGAUCAGGUCAACCGGGUUACUUUGAUGAUUUAAACGAUAUAGAAUAUCAGGACGAUGAUGGUGAAAUAGAAAAACAGUUGAGGAAAGAAAACAGUAGACUUAGUAAAACACAUAAAGCUUCAGAGUUUGAAAAUCUUGAAACCAUUGAGCAAGAAUAUAACGAUCAAAAUGAUAGAUCAAUUCGGGAACAUAUAAAUCAAGAUUCCCAACUUGAAACAAAUGCAGAAAAUAAUAUUUAUCGUAAACCUCGACGAAGUUCAGAUGGUAAAAUUCUCCAGUCAUUACAGUUAUCGUCGACUGAUGCUGACAAUGAUUUUGAUAGAGUAAAGCUUUUAUCAAAACGUCGAAUAUCUUUUGAAGGAGCACGUCGAACGUCAAGUGACUGGCAUCGAUUUACUCCAAAUCUACAAACAUUAGAUAUUCAAGAAAUGGAUGAUAAUGAAGAGGAAUGGUCUGAUGCAAAACAAUUUGCAGAAUAUGAUCAUGACUACCCUCAUCAUUAUUCUCAAUCUCCAGUUCACAAGGAUGAGACUAUCAAAAAGGAGGGAAUCGAACAUGAUGAGAUCAUGGAACCUGUAGGAAAGACUCCGCGUCAAAGAUGGUACGAUGCCUUUGAGCGAGUGUGUAGUGGUUUACGUACAGAAGGAGGUUUGUUUUCUGUUAUCUCACCGAAUUCUGAUGAUCUACAUUCUUCAUUCUAUACAAAUAUUGACAGUAUGCCAGAUAUUCGUUUAAAAAAGAAACCGAAAUCAUUGGUUAGCGAUUUGGUCAUUCAGACUAUGGCUGUACAAAAACGAAACAUGGGAACAGCUAGUGCAAAUCUGAUCACUCGUCAAUCGAUAAACGAUGAAGAAAUGAAACAACAUGUAUACAAAAAAACUCUACAAGCUUUACUAUAUCCAAUAUCAAGUAAUACACCACAUAACUUUCAAGUAUGGACUGCUACAAGUCCAACUUAUUGUUAUGAAUGUGAAGGUCUUCUUUGGGGAUUGGCAAGACAAGGUCUACGAUGUACAGAAUGUGGUGUAAAAUGUCAUGACAAAUGUCGUGAAUUGUUAAAUUCAGAUUGCUUACAACGCGCUGCUGAAAAAUCAGCUAAACAAGGAGCUGCAGAUAAAGCACAAACUAUUAUGCAAGCAAUUAAAGCAUUAAUGUCACAAAGAAUUAAUGAAAUGCCUGAUCUAUUCAAUUUACUUGGUUUAGUAUUUAAAGUAGAUAGUAAAAUACAUGAACGCAAUUUACUACAAGCUGAACAAAGUAUUCUAGAUGGAACUAGUAAAUGGUCAGCAAAAAUUGCAAUAACUAUUAAAUGUGCACAAGGUUUAAUUGGCAAAGAUAAAACUGGUACGAGUGAUCCUUAUGUUACAGUACAAGUUGGUAAAGUUAAAAAACGUACAAAAACUGUUCCACAAGAGCUUAAUCCAGUUUGGAAUGAAAAAUUCUAUUUCGAAUGUCAUAAUGCUUCAGAUCGAAUUAAAAUUCGAGUAUGGGAUGAAGACAAUGAUUUACGUGCUAAACUUCGUUCAAAGCUCACUGCAGAAUCUGAUGAUUUCUUAGGUCAAGCUAUUAUUGAAUUGCGUACUUUAUCCGGUGAAAUGGAUGUAUGGUAUAAUCUUGAAAAACGUACUGAUAAAAGUGCUGUUUCCGGUGCAAUCCGUUUAUUUAUUUCAGUAGAAAUUAAAGGUGAAGAAAAAGUUGCACCAUAUCAUGUUCAAUAUACAUGUUUACAUGAGAAUAUAUUUCACUACUUAUGCGAAACGAAUAAAAGUGAAGGUAAACCAGAAGUUGAAUUACCUGAUGCUUCUGGGGAUGAUGCUUGGAAAGUAUAUUUUAAUCCACCUGCACAAGAUAUUGUCAAUGAGUUUGCUAUACGUUAUGGGAUUGAAUCAAUUUAUCAAGCAAUGACGCAUUUUUCAUGCUUAACCACAAAAUAUAUGUGCACUGGUGUACCGGCUACUAUGUCUAAUCUUCUAGCUAAUAUUAAUGCAUUUUAUGCGCAUACGUCAUCUUCUAGUAGUCAGUCAGCUUCGGAACGUUUCAGUGCUAGUAACUUUGGUAAAGAAAAAUUCGUUAAAUUGUUGGACCAGUUACACAACUCUCUACGUAUCAGUUUGUCUGUGUAUCGUAAUUCAUUUCCUGCUUCACAACCGGAUAAGUUACAAGAUUUGAAAUCCACUGUCGAUCUUUUAACAAGUAUUACAUUCUUCCGAAUGAAAGUUCAAGAAUUGACCAGUCCACCUAGAGCUAGUCAAGUAGUGAAAGAAUGUGCACGUGCUUGUAUGCAAUCUACCUAUCAAUUUAUUUAUGAAAAUGUCAAUGAAGUAUACUCGAAACAAUUUCAAGAAUCUGUUUCACAAGAUGAAGGUUCACCUUCGUUGAAAUCUUUAGUAUUUUGGCAUCGUUUAAUUACUUUACUAGUUUCUGUAAUCGAUGAAGACAAUACUACAUAUGCUGCUGUCAUUAAUCAAUUUCCACAAGAAGUUAAUAUGGGUCAUAUAAGUGCAUUGUGUAUGUGGGAAAGAUUAUCUGAAGAUAUACAAAUUGCCUUAGAAGUUCAUGCACGUACUGAUACACGAUAUUGUAAAUCGUCGGAUUACAUGAACUUAUUUUUCAAAUUAAAAUGGUUCUAUAAUAAACAUGUUGCUAUGAUCCCUUCGCAAAAAGAUAUUAUACCUGAAUAUCCACGAUGGUUUGAAGUAUUUGUUAUGCAAUGGUUAAAUGAAAAUGAUGAAGUAUCAAUGGAUUUUUUACGAAAUGCUUAUGAACGUGAUAAAAAAGAUGGAUUUCAACGAUCUAGUGAACAUGCAUUAUUUUCUAAUUCUGUUGUUGAUGUUUUCACUCAACUUAAUCAAUGUUUUGAUGUAAUUAAAAAACUUGAAUGUCCUGAACCAAGUGUACAAGAACGUUUCUUAAAUCGUUUUGCUCGUACUGUUAGUAAAGUACUACUAACCUAUGCAGAAAUAGUAAAAGCUGAUUUCAAAUGUUGGGUGCAUCAACAAGAAACCGCAUGUAUCAUUAUGAAUAAUAUACAACAAUUACGUGUACAGUUAGAAAAAGUAUUUGAAGCAAUGGGUGGUAGUAUACUAUGUGAAGAUACAUUGAAUGCAAUGAAUGAUUUACAACAGAUGCUUCAGGUUGUUAUUGAUGAUUUAGCUUCACAAUAUGCUGAAGCAUUACAAGUACAAAUUGUACAAAAAAUUAAAGAAUUAAGUAAAUUGCUUCAUCAGUGUCCACCUAAUUCCAAAGCCAAUGUGGAAACUGAAGCUGAACACAUAUUACAUCCACUUAUGGAUCACUAUGAGUCAACAUUGUCAGCUUUAGCAGAUCUAUGCGAAAAGACUGUAUUGAAACGAUUGUUAAAGGAACUUUGGAAAGUUACAAUGCAUAAUUUGGAGAAACAAGUUGUACUACCCACUGUUGCCGAUCCAAGAGCUAUGUUUCUUAAUUUGUCGAUUCCGUCAACUGCACAAGCUAAAUUAACAAGUGUAUCUCAGAGUUUACUGACAAAUGUAAGCAGUCAGCUACCAGCAAGUCGAUUACUACAAGAUAUGUCUAAAGAUGCAGGAAUCUCAGAGCGAAAUUUAACACCACGUCAUUGUCAAAUAUUGGAUAUAGCAUUGGAUGCGAUUAAAAACUAUUUUCAUGCUGGUGGUAGUGGACUUAAGAAAGCUUACUUGGACAAAUCACCGGAAUUACAAUCAUUACGUUAUGCACUAUCAUUAUACACACAAACAACGGAUGCACUUAUUAAAAACUUUGUGGCUACUCAGACAUCACAAGAUAAACCUGCAAUUGAAGAUAGUGUUGGAGAGUUAUCAAUUCAUGUUGAUCUCUUUCGUCAUCCUUCACAUGGAGAACAUAAAGUUACUAUAACUGUUAUUGCAGCGAAUAAUUUGAAAUGGACAACAUCGGGAACAUUUAAACCUUUUAUUGAAGUAGUAUUAUUUGGUCCAUUAUUAAGUGAAAAAAAGCAUAAAUUUGCAACAAAAUCAAAGAAUAAUGUUUGGUCACCUGUGUUUAAUGAAACAUUUACAUUCUUUCUCAGUGCUGGUUCUGAUCCAGAAUCGUAUGAAUUACAUAUGUGUGCCAAAGAUUAUUGUUUCGGUCGAACAGAUCGAUUGAUUGGAUUGACUGUAUUACAACUACGUGAUUUAGCAACAACAACUGAUUUAAAUGCUUCACCUACAAUUCAUUCAAGAGAUGGUCGAACUGGUGUUGGUCAAAGUGGUGCAUGUGCAUGUAUUUGUAGUCUGGGAAAAAGAUUACAUCUUGAUGAUACUGGAUGGACUAUACUACGUAUAUUAUCACAACGUCCUCAAGAUGAGAUAGCUCGUGAAUUUGUUCGUUUAAAAUCAGAAGUUCGUAGUCCUUGUGAUUCAAUAGGAAAUACUACUGGUUCUGUUACUGGUAGUUCAUUGAAUGGAUCCGUUCCACGUAGCCGAUAA